GGGGUCAAGAGUCAUAAAAAACACCAAAAAGAAAAAAUUAAGUAAAAAAAUAUCUUCUUGAUUAAAAUAACCAAUUCUUUUUUUUCUCUUUGUUAGUUUCUUCAAGUUUGAGUUCUUUGGAUUUCUUUAUUAUUAUUCUUGAUAAAGAAAAAAGAAAGAACAAAAUGCCGGAGGGAAUAACAGCUGAGAAUCUUUUGAACAACAUCAUGGACACUUUUUCUGAUGGUGCGCCAAAGCAUAAAUCUGCUUCGUUCUUUCAAGAGGAAAGUGAAAGCUCUGUUAGUGCUCAAUUGAAUAGGCUAUUUGGACGUCAAAAACCAAUUCAUCAUUGUUUGGGUGGAGGCAAAUCUGCUGAUAGCAUGUUGUGGAGAAACAAGAAAAUUUCAGCCGGUGUUUUAAUCAGCGCUACAGCCAUCUGGGUGCUGUUUGAGUGGCUUAACUAUAAUUUUCUUUCACUUGUAUGCUUUGGUCUGUCCUUUGGCCUGAUCGCGCAGUUUCUGUUGAAAAAUGCUUCUGGGGUAAUAAACAGGUCUCCAUCUAAUGUUCCUCGUCUUGUCUUACCUGAUGACCUCUUCAUCAAUAUCGCAAAGACAAUAGGCACUGAAAUAAACCGUGGUUUGGUCUUCCUUCAAAAUGCUGCCUUGGGUGGUAACUUGAAACAAUUUGGAGUGGUUAUACUGAGCUUGUGGGCUGCUGGUAUGAUCGGAACCUGGUGCAACUUCUUGACUGUUCUGUAUAUUGGUUUCGUUGCUGCUCACACGCUUCCAGUGCUCUAUGAGAGAUAUGAAGAUGAAGUUGAUGGUUUCUUGUCUAAUGCCCUUGAUAAGCUUCAAGGCCAUUACAAGAAGCUGGAUUCUGGUGUCCUCAGCAAAAUACCGCGAGGCAGCUUCAAGGGAAAGAAGCAUGAAUAGAUCUUUAAAAUUAUUGAACAUAAUCUCGUAGAGGAAAACAUUAUUGGUCUGUAUGAAACUUAUUUUCGUGCUUAGCCAACAAAUUGCUGUAUGUAAGCUUAGGAUUAAUCGAGAGGUAUUGAAAGAAACGCGUAUUGGAUUGUAGGUCACCUUAUUGUGUAAAUGCUGCUAAGUACUUUGAUUAAUAUUUGGCAUUUGAAAAUAAAUUUUCUGCAGAAAGUAUGAAUGGUAGCUUUUUGCAGUAUUGGAGUUC